UAAAUUGGUGUGACAGGCAGGCGCUUAAAUACAAGCCCAUGAGGAAGCUGAGCUGGUUUGUAAUGAUAGGGCGGCAGCAGCAGCCGCAGCCGCAGCAGCAGCAGCAGAGUGGUAGAACGAGGAGGUGGAGAACUGAGAGCACGAUGCAUACACAGGUGUUUCUGAGUAGUAAUUAGAUCGCUGUGAAGGACAAAGCACACCUUUGAGUUUUUACCUGUGAACGAAGUAGCUCUGAGAGAGACAGUCUGAAAGCAGGGAGGAAGACAUCAAUCAGUAACACCAAGAGACACCAAAGUUGAAAGUUUUGUUUUCUUUCCCUCUGGUUUAUUUCAAACCUGUGUGUCCCUACUAUGGUCAGAAAGCCUGUUGUGUCCACCAUCUCCAAAGGAGGUUACCUGCAGGGAAAUGUUAACGGGAGGCUGCCUUCCCUGGGCAACAAGGAGCCACCUGGGAAGGAGAAAGUGCAGCUGAAGAGGAAAGUCACUUUGCUGAGGGGAAUCUCCAUUAUCAUUGGCACCAUCAUUGGAGCAGGAAUCUUCAUCUCUCCUAAGGGCGUGCUCGAGAACACAGGCAGCGUGGGCAUGUCUCUGACCAUCUGGACGGUGUGCGGGGUCCUGUCACUGUUUGGAGCCUUGUCUUAUGCUGAAUUGGGAACAAGUAUAAAGAAAUCCGGAGGUCAUUACACAUAUAUUUUGGAAGUCUUUGGUCCAUUACCAGCUUUUGUACGAGUCUGGGUGGAACUGCUCGUAAUACGCCCUGCAGCUACUGCUGUGAUAUCCCUGGCAUUUGGACGCUACAUUCUGGAACCAUUUUUUAUUCAAUGUGAAAUCCCUGCACUUGCAAUCAAGCUCAUUACAGCUGUGGGCAUAACUGUGGUGAUGGUCCUAAAUAGCAUGAGUGUCAGCUGGAGUGCCCGGAUCCAGAUUGUCUUAACCUUUUGCAAGCUCACAGCAAUUCUGAUAAUUAUAGUCCCUGGAGUUAUGCAGCUAAUUAAAGGUCAAACGCAGAACUUUAAAGACGCCUUUUCAGGAAGAGAUUCCAGUAUUACACGGUUGCCCCUGGCUUUUUAUUACGGAAUGUAUGCCUAUGCUGGCUGGUUUUACCUCAAUUUUGUAACUGAAGAAGUAGAAAACCCUGAAAAAACCAUUCCCCUUGCAAUAUGUAUAUCCAUGGUCAUUGUCACCAUUGGCUAUGUGCUGACAAAUGUGGCCUACUUUACGACCAUUAAUGCUGAGGAGUUGUUGCUUUCAAAUGCAGUGGCAGUGACCUUUUCUGAGCGGCUACUGGGAAAUUUCUCAUUAGCAGUUCCGAUCUUUGUUGCCCUCUCCUGCUUUGGCUCCAUGAAUGGUGGUGUGUUUGCUGUCUCCAGGUUAUUCUAUGUUGCGUCUCGAGAGGGUCACCUUCCAGAAAUCCUCUCCAUGAUUCAUGUCCGCAAGCACACUCCUCUGCCAGCUGUUAUUGUUUUGCACCCUUUGACAAUGAUAAUGCUCUUCUCUGGAGACCUCGACAGUCUUUUGAAUUUUCUCAGUUUUGCCCGGUGGCUUUUUAUUGGGCUGGCAGUUGCUGGGCUGAUUUACCUUCGAUACAAAUGCCCAGAUAUGCAUCGUCCUUUCAAGAUCCCGCUGUUCAUCCCAGCUUUGUUUUCCUUCACGUGCCUCUUCAUGGUUGCCCUUUCCCUCUAUUCGGAUCCAUUUAGUACAGGGAUUGGCUUUGUCAUCACACUGACUGGGGUGCCUGCAUAUUAUCUCUUUAUUAUAUGGGACAAGAAACCCAGGUGGUUUAGAAUAAUGUCAGAGAGAAUAACCAGAUCAUUGCAAAUAAUUCUGGAAGUUGUACCAGAAGAAGAUAAAUUAUGAACUGAUGAACUUGAGAUCUUGGCAAUCUGCCCAAGAGAAGACACACAAUAGGGAUUUUUACUUCAUCUUUUGAAAAUCCAGGAAAUUCUAACUUUGGUGAUAAACUAAAGGAGUCAGUUAUUUCUAUUCAUACAUUUUAGCACAUUCAAACUAAUUUCUAAGAAAUUUAGUUAUAACUCUAUGUAGUUACAGAAAACAAAUAUGCAGUUCUAUGAGUUGCAGAAUUCUUGAGUCUCUGAUACCUACCUAUUGGGGUUAGGAGAAAAGACUAGCGGAAUAGCCAAUUACUAUGUGGUCAUUCUCUACAAUAUCUCUUAGCAUGGCAAAGAAAGCUUUCAUUGAAGACUGGGCUUUUUCUGUGUAUAUGGGCUUUGUAAACAUGGUUUUAUACACCAUAGAUGACUAUACUGUGAAAAGUGUUUUCAAUUCUGAAAAAAAAAAAAAAAAAAAAAAAAAGGAUACAUCAUGAUUAUGGCCAAGAGGAAAGAAAGAAAUUUAUUUUACAUUGACAUUGCAUUGCUUCCCUUUAGAUAUCAAUUUAGAUAACACUCCUGCUUUAAUGGAUUGUACCCAGAGCAUUUUGAACAAAGGUCAGAGGGGAUAUGUUGAAUACAUUAAAGAGGAGUUUCUAGGGGCUACUGCUUUAUGAGACAUCCAGGAAUUACGUUUGAGUAAAAAUCCUUGAGAAUUUA